ACAACAACAGCAACAACAACAACAACAGCGACAGCAACAACACAUCCGAGGCUCGUAAAGGGGAGCGACAUUUUAUGACGGUCACAUAAUAACAGCAUAGCGCCCAAAAACUGUAAACGGUAAACGGUAAACGUUUCACACACACACACAGACACACACAGUCUCACCCGCAGGACCUACAUACAUAUAUACAUAUCCUGGCAAAAGGACGAUGCAAAUUACGUGGCAUAUGAAGCGUCAAAGCGUUUGAUUCGAUUGUCAAGCACCAGAGCUGUGCCAUCGCCACCACAUCCAGCAUCCUUUCACGUCCUGUUUCUGGGGAAUUCAAUCUGCCACACCGCACACUGCCCCCGAAGCAGAUUGAUUGAUUGAUUGAUUGAUUGGUUGGCUGAUUGAUUGAUUGAUUGAUCGACUGAUUGACCAAUAGAGUAAAGAAAACAAUGAACAAGAAGUCGCCACUGCCGCUGGCGGCUUUUCUCAGCAACGACGGCAGCGGCGCCACCAACAAUACUCCCGCCAGCGGCAGCAGCGGAGUUGCAACAUCAGUAGCGGCAGCGGCGGCAGCACAAAACGGUGCCAACAGUCGCAGCGGACGUGGCGGCAUGUCCUCCAGCUCUGGUGCCAGCGGCUCAUCCAAGCAAUCCUCCGAGAAGCAGCAGGCUGGCCGGGAGGGUGGCGAAGGUGGCAGCCUGUGUGGAUGCCGCAAGGCACCCAAGUCGCACUGCAUAUCAGCCACAGGCGUUCUCCUGCUAGUCCUUCUCUACACCGCCAUGGGUUCUAUUGUUUUUGUGACCCUGGAGGGUGAACUGGAGGACGGUAGUGCUCUGGAAACGGCAGUGGCUGCCUCAAAGCCCUAUCCCCGCACCGAACUGGCCAAUGCCGAGAUACGAUCCAGAACUGUGGAUCGUUUGUGGUCGAUAACGGAGGACCUGAAUAUACUCUAUAAGGAGAACUGGACGCGACUGGCCGCCCAGGAAGUUCAACUUUUCCAGGACACUCUACUGCGGGCUGUGAGACAGUCGAAGGUUUAUCCUCCUGGCGGCAUACAGAUGAAUGCACCCACCCACAAAUGGACCUACGCCUCUGCCUUUCUCUACUCCCUGACAUUAAUUACAACGAUAGGCUUUGGCGGCGUCUCUCCGCGCACCCAGUGGGGUCGUGUGGCCGCCCUGGUCUACGCCCUGUUUGGAAUACCGAUUGUCCUGCUCUAUUUGUCCGCCAUGGGCGAGGCGCUGUCGGCCGGAAUGCGCUGCCUGUUCCGACGCCAAAAGGUCAAGGGCGGGCCGGGGGGCAGUGGCGGCGGUGUCGGCGGAUCCGGAGGCGCCUCCGGCUCAUCCAGCGGCAUCAAUGGCGGCAGCGGCGGUGGCGGCGGCGGAAGUGGACGGAAGCAGGACAAGGCAAAACAGGGACAAGGACAUGGGCAGGGACACUACGGCCACCAGAAGUACAUCUACCAACAGCAACAGGCGGCGGCGGCGCAGCAGCAGCAGGCGCAGGACAAAAAGUCGAACGAACGAAGGAAUUCUCCCAGUGUACCCAUCUCGAUAUGCGUGUGUGUGCUGCUGUGCUAUGUGAGCAGUGGAGCGAUCCUGUUUCACAAGCUGCAGAACUGGAGUGUCCUGGAGUCCUUGUACUUCUGCUUCACGUCGCUGGGCACCAUUGGCUUUGGCGAACUGGCCCCCAAGGGUACCCUGGCUCUGUACACCGCCUCCGCCUACAUCCUGGUGGGCAUGGCCGUGGUGGCCAUGUGCUUCAGCCUAAUCCAGACCGAGAUUGUCGUGUGGCUGCGUCGCUUCAGUGUCCAGGAUCAUGUGAUGCCCAAGGCCGAGGAGGUGGCUCUCGUUUCCGUGACCGUCACGCCAAAGUCCUCCUGACAGCGACCCAGUGCGGAUCCUGGAGCAGGACCGCUGGGCAUGCAGCCCAAUAGCUUGGCCCAACAUCAGACCAUGUUCUUUGGACCGGCCCACACGCUCACCCAGUACAGUUCCCUGCCCCGGCGCAGUCAUCUGGCCGGAUCCGGCCUGGGCAUGGGCAUGGGAAUGGGCAUGGGGGCUGGUGGCUUGAAUGGCGGAGGUGGAGCCUUCCAGCGGAAUACACCCAUUCGUCGAUCGACUGGCAUACCGGAGCACCAUCUCGAGUACUUUGUGCCGCGUAGCAUCAGCGAGUUUAAUCUCUCCGGAGUGGGGGAUCUGGCCCUGCCGCCGCCACGACGAUUCUCACCCAACAUGGGUGGCGGAGCCACUGGUGGCGGCUACAACAUGAACAUGGGCGGCGGCGGUCUGGGCAUGAAUAUGGGCAUGAACAUGGGCCUGGGCUUGCCGCACGGCCUCCAGCUGGGUCCGCCCCAGACGCUGCUCUGUUCGGCGGCUGCUCCGGGCCAGGCACAGGCCCAGGUACCACCACCGCCGCCCGCACAGCUCCAGAUAAUGACGCUGAAGCCGCGCAGCGAAAAGAUGGUCACCUUCGAGGACGAAUCCAAGCAGAACUCGGCCAGUGGCUCGGGCGCCACGGUGACACCCGUCUCUGUCACCUGUCCCCACGGUGUGCCGACCACGCCGCGGAAGUCGGGUGAUAUCUUCAUGUGACCGGGAGCCGGCAACGGGGACGAGGCCGCCGAUCUCAAUGCGGCCAUGCGAUUGCGGGACAGCAUCGAUGAUGCCCUUUGCCCGAAAACGGGCCCGGCGCCAGGUGAAGUGAUACGUGUCUAAGUCAUAAAAUCUAAAUGGAAAUGAUACUAAAGCCUACACUGUAAAAAUAUCUUGCACACAAAUCUAAUAACUUAAUCUCAGCUGGAGGGUUUUUUUUUUGUCAGUAAGAGACUAAAAAGCAAAUAUGUAUGUAGUUAUUAAUACUAUUAUGAAUGUAAAUAAGAAUGACAGAAAAAAUAAUGUGAAAACCACAAAGAAUAACAACUAAAGUUGAGUAAGUAAGAGCGUAAAAGCGAGUGAAUUAAAAUUAAAAUUCGUAAUGAUAAAUGCAUAAAUAAUUGAAAGCAUUUCGGCGGUCGUGAAACAUGAAUUCAGAUAUUCAGAAAUUCACAAAAUUAAUAAAUACAAUGACAAACAAACAAACAAACAUCUAUACAUCCAUACUACAAGCACACACUGAACUAUGAAUAAUAAAUAGGGGGCGUGGCAUUAAAGGCAGGGGCGUGGUUAGUGCAAACAAAAUGCAAAUGAAAAUGACAAAUUGUAUAAACAGCAAAGGACAAAGUUUAUUUAAGCGAUUUGUUAGUUAGUUUCCCAAUGUCAUACUACAUAGACACCCUCUUCAUUUUUUUUUUUCUGUUGUUGUAUAGCUACGCUUGAGGGUUUUAAAUUGAAAUUGUUUUUGAUAGAAUAAUGCAUAGCAGUUGCUAAACAAUUUUUUUUUUUUUUUUUAUAAUCAAAUAAGAUAAAUGUGAAACAAUUUUUAUAAAAUAUUGCUCAACUCUGUGUAUGUUUCAAGCUCAAAAUGUUAAGUGUAUAAAUGUAUAUGAAUGUGCCAAAACAAAAGCCAAACAAAAAUAAUAAUACAAACUAACCAAAAACAGAAAAAUCUGAAAAUAAAAAUGAAAAUAUUUACCACAAAACCUAAUAAACUAAGGCAGUACAGUAAGUAAUUAUUAAUUUGUGAGCCAUAGCUUCCACCGAUCCAGUUGAUAUUCAAAUUUUAAACAAAUAAGCCAGUCUACCCAGAGUAAUCAGAGCAAGAUAUCCAGAAGCAGAAAACCGAAAACCCGUCGUUUUAGAGCCUUCUCCCUGCUGGUUUUUGGCCCAAAACCCUCUCCGCCCUAGGCAAUUAGGCUUAAAUACUUUUUAAAUGCAUUUUGAUUGUAGGUAAUUGAGCGCGUGAAUGGUCAUUUUGUUUGUUGUUUGGCAUUUGUUGUGUUUUAUCCUAUUUGUUGAUUGUUAUUUGUUGAUUGUUUUUGUUUUUUUUUCCUGCUUUGCGACAUUCGAAAUUGGAUGCCUGUCAAGCGAGCCGAGCUCAUUUCAAGUAUUUGCCAUUAUUUUUCCCUUUCGUCCCUGUAAACUUCAUAUG